AUGGUUGUUGCUAUCUUGUAUGAUUAUUUUUUCCAACCUCAAAGAAUACGAGGCAUUUAUUCAAUCCCGGGCGAACUACCGGUCGUUGGUCAUUUGCAUUUGCUGUUGCAUAACCCUGCCAAGGCGUAUAUGGAAUGGGCGUCCCGUUACAACAAGUCAGUUUAUCAAAUUAGGUUGGGAACAAGAUGGGUCGUUGUGGUGAAUUCAUACGAUGCAGUGGUUGACAUUUGGAUGAACCAUUCAUGUCAGAAUAACUCAAGGCCGGUGAGCUACACAUUCCAUGGCUUAAUCGGCUCUUAUCAUAGCUUCACAGUGGGUUCAACACCACAAAGUAUAACCUACAGGAGAAAGAAAAGAGCCAUCUCCCAACUACUCCACACCAAGUCAAUAUCGUCUCGUGAGCUGUUUAUUUGUGAGGAAAUAGAGUUUAUUCUACACGAGAUAAGGGAAGUUGCCAACGACACUGAUGUGGAUUUAACUAAUUAUCUAAAGUAUUUUGCCUUGCGAUGCAGUGUGUUUUUGACAUAUGGUAUCCAUUUAGACUGCUUUGGUAAAGAUAAUGCAUUGUGCAAUGAGAUCAUAUCAAAUGAGAGCAAUAUAAUCAGGCUAAGAUCACCCAUAUCCAAUUUUCAAGACUCCAUACCUUUGUUGAAACACUUUCCACUGCUCACCAAUGCCCGCCUUGCACUGCAGUGUGGAUAUAAAAGAGAAAUGUACAUGAGCGAACUUUAUCAUAGGUUUCAAGAUGGAUUUAGAGAUGGACACGAGGAUAAUAUAAGUAGCUUUGUUGGUCAGCUAUUAGCAGAAAGUAGCGUCAAUCAAUUGAAUGAAGCAGAGAUUUACAGCAUUUGUUUGACUUUCAUCAGUGCUGGCUUGGACAACACACCACUUAAUCUAAAUUACUUGCUUGGAAUUCUUUCGCAACCAGAAGUUGGAUGGCUGUAUCAGUCAAAAGCUGUAAACGAGAUUCUUGCUAAUUCCAGAGGAGACUCUACAAGGGCGUGGGAACAGCUGAAUGGGUCAGACUUGAGAAAUGCUUACGUUCACGCAUUGAUUUUGGAGACAUUGAGACAGUUUACUGUACUUCCAUUGAGUUUACCUAGAACUAUAACGAGAGAUAUACUCUAUGAAAAUGUAAAGAUUCCAGCUGGCACCCAGUUAUUCAUGAAUGCAUAUGCUGCCAACCAUGAUGCAACUCAUUUUGUUGCUCCUUUUGAGUUUAGACCGGAAAGGUGGAUUGAUGAGAAUGGCCACAUUAGCUUCACUGCAAAAGCAUAUCAACAUUUUGCAUUUGGCGCAGGUUCAAGAAUGUGCUCGGGAUAUAGCUUUGCCCUCAAAGAGAUGUACAUAUUUAUGGUUAAGAUUUUGUUGAUGUUUGAAGUGCAUCCCCCCGAUUCCAACUUGAUGAUUACAGAUCCCUUUGUCAGCAACGGAAACCCGCGCGCGACUUCAUUUGAACCACUUGGCCACAACAUCAAGUUGUCUUUACGACAAUUUCCCAACAGCGAAAGGCCGCAUGACAUGGCAUUAAUAAUCUAG